AUGCAAAAACGAAAACACUGGGAAUGUUCAGGUGUUCGGCCGUUCGGUCUCUUCCCUUUGGUGCCUCCAUCGCCAUCGUCACCAACAGAAUCCGGUCGAUUGCCGACAGUCUCAACACGAAAUCCUUUGUGUUUGUCACCGAAUUCAUUAUCGCUCAACAAGAAGCAAUCUCGGCCCACGUUCACGGGCCAUCAAAUUUUUAUGUUGGAGAAGAAAUUCGAGCAAACCAAAUAUUUGGCCGGUUCCGAUCGUGCACAGCUAGCUCAAGAGCUGAACAUGAGCGAAAGUCAAGUUAAGGUGAGUCUUGACUUAUCACGAAUUUCAGGCAAAAAUAUCUGA